AAUCCCGUUGUGCCACACAAACACAUGGUUCUUGUUCAGUUUGACGAAACAGUAAGAGGUGUACGUUGUUUUUCUUGUUUUAAACAAAUUAAAACGUACGUAGACCUAUGUCCAAUGGUUUAAGGAUUGUAGUAUUUUUGUCAUCAGACUAACGUUUUUAGAAUAAAAAGAAAAAAUGAAACCAGAUAAACUAAAUAUGUCUAUUAUUUGGUUGCUAUUGAUUACUAUUGCAUCUUUUAUUGACUAUAGCAAUGGAGUUGCGGUUAUGAGCAUUGAUAUGGGUAGUGAGUCAAUGAAAGUUGCUAUUGUUUCACCUGGUGUUCCUAUGGAAAUAGCUUUAAAUAAAGAGUCAAAGAGGAAGACACCAGUUACAAUUGCAUUUAGAAAUGGAGAAAGAAGUUUUGGAGAAGAUGCUCAAGUAGUGGGAAUCAGAUCACCUCAAAACAGUUUUUCUUAUAUUCUAGAUCUUUUAGGAAAAAGUAUAGAUAAUCCUAUGGUAGAGCUUUAUAAGAAAAGAUUUCCAUAUUAUCAUAUUAUAUCUGAUGAUGAGCGUAAAACAAUUGCAUUUAGACUGGAUGAAAAUACCACAUAUACCCCAGAAGAAUUGCUUGCACAAAUUUUGCAUAAAGGAAAAGAAUUUGCAGAAAAUUCAGCUGGCCAAAAGAUCAGUGAAGCAGUAAUAACUGUUCCAGGGUUCUUUAAUCAAAUUGAAAGAAGAGCCCUCAUGCAAGCAGCUGAUCUUGCAGGAAUCAAAGUUUUGCAACUUAUUAAUGAUUAUACUGCAGUUGCGUUAAAUUAUGGAAUUUUCCGUAGUAAAGAGAUAAAUGACACUGCACAUUAUGUAAUGUUCUAUGACAUGGGAGCUAGUAGUACAACUGCAACAAUUGUCAGUUAUCAGAAUGUGAAAACAAAGGAAAAAGGAUUUGUUGAAACUAAUCCACAUGUUACUAUUUUGGGUGUGGGUUAUGAUCGUAUUUUAGGAGGGUUAGAAGUGCAAAUUAGAUUACAACACCAUUUGGCAAAAGAAUUUGAUGCUCUAAACAAGACAACAAGCUCUGUGUUUAGCAAUUCAAGAGCAAUGGCAAAACUUUUUAAGGAAGCUGGCCGUGUUAAGAAUGUAUUAAGUGCAAAUACUGAUCAUUUUGCUCAAAUUGAAGGAUUAAUAGAGGAACACGACUUUAGAUUGCAAGUUACCAGAGACAAACUAGAGGAACUUUGUGCUGAUUUAUUUGAGCGAGUAGCAAAUCCGAUUAAGAUUGCUUUAAAAACAUCAGGUUUAACAAUGGAUGUUAUAUCUCAAGUUGUAUUAGUGGGAGCUGCGACCAGAAUGCCAAAAAUACAAGAGCAUCUAAGUCAGUAUCUAACAGUUGAAUUGUCUAAAAACAUCAACACAGAUGAGGCAGCUGCAUUAGGUGCAGUAUAUAAAGCUGCAGAUCUUAGUAAAGGGUUUAAAGUAAAGAAAUUUGUUACUAAAGAUGCUGUACUGUUUCCUAUACAUAUUGUUUUUGAUAGAACAGUUGAUAACAGAGUGAAACAAGUAAAAAAAUCAUUAUUUAGCAAAAUGAAUCCUUAUCCACAGAAGAAAAUUAUCACAUUUAAUAAAUACACAGAAAAUUUCCAAUUUCAUAUCAAUUAUGCUGAAUUAGAUUACUUAUCACCUAAUGAAAUAGCUGUUAUCGGUAAUUUCAAUUUGUCUACUAUAACUUUAUCUGGUAUAAAUGAAGCGCUAGAUAAACAUGCUAAAGAUGGUGCAGAAAGUAAAGGAAUUAAAGCACAUUUUGCCAUGGAUGAAAGUGGCAUACUUAAUUUGGUGAAUGUAGAAUUAGUAUCAGAAAAAUCAAGUUCAGCUCCAGAUGAAGAAGAGGGGUCAGAAGACAAAGAUGGAAAAACAGAGGAAUCAUUAAAAGAAGAUACAAAGCCAGUUCAUGAAGAACCUGAAUACUCUGAUCUAAAAAAAGAGGCAGAAGAAAAAACAAAAAAGAAAAAUGAGAGUACAAUUGCUGAGGAUAAAACAUUAAAUAAAACUGAGAAAGUAGAAAAAGAGAAAGAAAAAAAGCCCACGAUUAUAACGAUUAAAGAACCUAUCAAAGCAGAUGAAAUCAAGUUAGGAUCACAGAUACUUUCUGGAGACAAACUUGUUGAAUCUCGAGAGAAAUUGCAUCGUUUAGAUGUGUAUGAUUUCGAGAAAACUAAACGUGAAACAGCUUUAAAUAAUUUGGAAACAUUUAUAAUUGAUGCUCAACAAAAAUUAGAAUCCGAAGAAUAUGCGGCUGCUGCUACUUCUCAAGAAGCAGAAAACAUACUUAAAGCAUGUUCUGAGAUUUCUGAGUGGCUAUAUGAAGAUGGAUUCAGUGUAACUGCUGAAAUAUAUGAGGAAAAAUUGUUACAACUCCAAAAACUUACUAAUGAUGUAUAUGAACGCGUGUAUGAACAUAGAGAACGCCCAGAAGUAUUAAAAGGCAUGACUUCUAUGUUAAAUGGAAGUACAACUUUCUUAAAUAAUAUGCGCAAUUUAAGUUUAUCGAGUGAAAUCUUUACUCAAGUUGAGAUAGAAACAUUAGAGAAAGUAAUUAAUGAAACUCAGGAAUACUAUGACACAAUUAUCAAAUCGUUUGCUGAGACAGCUUUAUACGAAACAGUGAAAUAUAAAGUUCGUGAUAUUGCAAAUAAAAUGGCAUUGCUUGAUAGAGAAGUGAAGUAUCUCAUAAAUAAGGCAAAAAUAUGGAGACCAAAGCAAGAAUCUGCUACAAAUCAUACAGAGAGCACAAAUGAGAAUGCAACAAAUACGAAAGAAGGACCGGAAUCUGAACCUGUUCUUAAAUCAACAGCUGAUUCUGAAACGGAAAAUUUUCAGAGCGAAGAUACGUCUGAAAAUAGAAAAGUACAAAAUGAAAAAUCAUUAGAUUCAGAAGAAUCAACAGAUUCAUCAAAGGAUAACGAAUCUAAGAUGAUUCAUGAAAAUACUCAAGAAGGAAUACAUCAAGAACUUUAAAAAAGGAUUUAUUUUAAAGUGUGUGAUUCUUAUUAUUGGCCGAUUGCAUCUCGGUUAAUACGUUACAUAAUUGACUAGAUUUCAUUAUAUGCAAGCUGAUGGAUCCACACAAGGAAGAUGUCACUCACUAGAUAGAACAUCAAUAGAAAAAUGUAAUAACACUCUAGUAGUGGUUUUGAAAACUGCAGAAAAUUUAAAAAAAUGCAUAAUUUCGGGGAACUUGUUGAAAAGUUACUUUCUCUUUGAUUUCGAUGAUUUUGGAAUAUGUCGUAAAGUUCAACAUUUUGAAUAGCUUUUUUCUACACAUAUAACUGGCAAUUGGUCUUAGUUUUUGAGUUAUACGUAAAAAUAUCCCGCCGCUUCCCCUUAGUUUUCAAGUUGGGUUGAAUUAGUAGUAAUAUUAGUCCCCUUAACGGUAUUAAUAUAAAUAAUGCUGGAUUAAUAUUAUUACUGACCCAAUCUACAUUGAAAACUAAGGUGGUGAAAUAUUGUUGCAUAUAACUUCAAAACUAAGACCGACCAUCGGUUAUAAGUACAGGGAAAGUUGUUCAAAAUAUUGAAUUUUACAACAUAUUUCAAAAUAACGGAAAUCAGAGAGAAAGCUUUUCAACAAAUUCCCCGAAAUGGUGUAUUUUUUUAAAUUUUCUGCGGUUCCGGCGCAAAACCACUAGUGUUGUUAGAUUUUUCUAUCGAGGCUCUAUCUAAUGAAUGACAUCCUGCUUAUGGGAAUCCAUCACCUUGCAUAUAAUGAAAUUUAGUCAGAUAAUUUGUUAUGUUAUAGAACAGAUUUACGAGUGCAUUUAAAAACUAAAAUCAGAUAUGAAAAAUUAUGUGUUAUUGUGGCUGGAUGAAUUAUUUUGCGAAUGUGAAUACUAAAUGUUAUUUUAGUUAAUUUCGUAUAUUUGUAUAAGACUAAAUACGGAACAUGUAAUUCGUUUCAAAACUAUAAAAAAAGAUAGCCGACCAUUAUAUAAAAAAUCAUAAAACAAUUUGUUUUCUUAAGUGCCAAGUAGUAACAGGUUUGAAUAAUAAUUGAAUAGUUUUAAACGAUCAUUAUCAAAGAGCAUUACAUUUACUAAACGAAUAAAUUACCAGUAUGAAGUCAUUAUGUACAAAUGACAUCGCUUUUCAUAUUUGGUCGGACUUCGUCUACUGUGAAUAUAUUUAAUUGUGAUACUUGAUACUAUAUUCUUAGAUAUGCUCUAUGCUGUAGCUUAAAACUGAUUUUCUACAAGCAUCUACAUCAAGCAUUAUAAUUACAUAUACAUACAUAUGGGACAACAUCUUUACUAAAAAAAUUCAAUUCUUUUUUUACUCAUUUUUUUUACAUUCCUGAUCAUUAAUCCUCGUUACAAAACGCCUAACCUCACAGCACCUUAUACGUGCCCUACUAUAUCUAUAGUAUAAUUCCUUUUAUAGUGCAACUAUAUAUUUUAUUUCGUUAUAAUCAAACGUAUGCAGUUUGUUAUAACGCCAAUUAAACUAAGCGAGGUAAAACUACAUCUAACAAUAUUACUUGUUUAAAAGGAGUUGCAAUUUGUGUGUAAAAUAACUUGUUUUUUUAUGAAUUUGUUGCAAAAUGAUUAGAACCAUUCCAAAUGAAUCUAAUUGUAAUUUAAAUUUAUAAAUUAUAUUAUUUAUUAUUUUGGGCGAAUAAAGGAGUUUGUAAGGUAUUACCAAAGGAGGGGAAAAUUAAUAUUACUUUCAGUUAAUACAUCGUCAAAUUUGAUAAUUGUAAGAAAAUAUAGAUACACAAAGUCUUCCUACAAUCAUAUGUCGAAUAAAAUAAAUUAUAAUUGUU